GCGUCUCUCCAUCUUGUGAUUCUUUUUUCUCCUCGAAUCCUUCAGUGGGGGAGCGAGUUUGUCUUUAACCGCCCCCCUCCAUCCACCGCCUUCUUUUCUUCUCGCUCUCCAACCCCUCCCGAGCUUGGUGUGUUCCUCCUUUCCUUUCUCGCCUCCCCAACCCCCUUCCCGCUUCGUUUUAUUUAUUCAUAUUUAUUUGGCACCCGCUUUCUUCUUUCUGUCCCUUUCCCUCCCUCCCUCCGGAUCCCUGCUCUCUUCCCCCGGAGUGGCGCGUCGGGGGCUCCGCCGCUGGCCAGGCGUGAUGGUGCACGUGGAGAUGUUGACGCUGGUGUUUCUGGUGCUCUGGAUGUGUGUGCUCAGCCAGGACCCGGGCUCCAAGACCGUCGCCGACCGCUACGCUGUCUACUGGAACAGCAGCAACCCCAGAUUCCAGAGGGGUGAUUACCACAUUGACGUCUGCAUCAAUGACUACCUGGAUGUUUUCUGCCCUCACUAUGAGGACUCUGUCCCAGAAGAUAAGACGGAGCGCUAUGUCCUCUACAUGGUGAACUUUGAUGGCUACAGUGCUUGUGACCAUACUUCCAAAGGGUUCAAGAGAUGGGAAUGUAACCGGCCUCACUCUCCAAAUGGACCACUGAAGUUCUCAGAAAAGUUCCAGCUCUUCACGCCAUUUUCUCUAGGAUUUGAAUUCAGGCCAGGCCGAGAAUAUUUCUACAUCUCCUCUGCAAUCCCAGAUAAUGGAAGAAGGUCCUGCUUAAAGCUCAAAGUCUUUGUGAGACCAACAAAUAGCUGUAUGAAAACUAUAGGUGUUCAUGAUCGUGUUUUCGAUGUUAACGACAAAGUAGAAAAUUCAUUAGAACCAGCAGAUGACACCGUACAUGAGUCAGCCGAGCCAUCCCGCGGAGAGAACGCGGCACAGACACCAAGGAUACCCAGUCGACUUUUGGCAAUCCUACUGUUCUUCCUGGCAAUGCUUUUGACAUUAUAGCACAGUCUCCUCCCGUCACCUGUCACAGAAAAACACCAGGGUCUUGGAACACCAGAGAUCCACCUAACUGCUCAUCCUAAGAAGGGAUUUGUUAUUGGUUUUUGGCAGAUGUCAGAUUUUUUGUUUUUGUUUUCUUUCUUUCAGCCUGAAUUCUAAGCAACAACUUGGAGGGGGGUAGUGGCUAAACUAGAUGCCACCUCCUUCACCCCACCCCACCCCACCCCUAUCCCUGGCCUUUGACUUUUCUCACCCCUUCCAAAUUAAAUGGACUCCAGAUGCAAAUGCCAAAUUGUCUUAGUGACACCAGUGGGUUCUUCAGCUCCUGUGCAUUCUCCUCUAAGAGCUCAGCUCCGUUGGUGCACUGUGCCAGCGGCGUAUGGACAUGGAAGCGUAGUGGCAGAUGUGGCCAAUGAUGGCCAGGCCCGGGAGGGUUUCACUCUCUAUACAAUAUUUAUGCCUUCUCAUUCAGGACUGCAAGAUGAUCAUACAGGGCAUCAUGUCACCAUGUCAGGUCCAGAGGGGAGGUAUUAAGAAUAGACACAAUAUUACACCAUUUCCUCUAGGAGCAUAUAGAUGAACAGGCUUCUGAAAGGUUGAAACACUGGUUUUAUUUUAUUUUUUUAAAUAUGACUGUCUUAAAGCAUUCUGGACAGUGAAAUGUGUGAUCUGCAAAAGAAGCCUUGUUAUUUUUUUCCCCCAGGAGGCAGGAAGGGUACAGGAAUGCUAACCCAGAGCAAGUGUGAAAUAAAGAACACUAUCUGUUCAGUGGAGGUGGGUAUGUGUGAGUGCCUCUAUUUUGUUAGUGACUGGGCAGUGCACACCAGAUUUUUUCUUUCCUUUUGAAUACAGAUCACCAUGGUGCUACAAUUUUUUUUUCUUCUUAGGAAUUCAAAGAGGCAUUUUUUUUUUAAUGAAUAAAGUGACCUUCCCCAAGGCUGACAAGCCAGGUUUGAUGAGUCCAGAGUGGAAUAGCUUUGGCUGCUCCUCUGGGGGCAACAGGUACCAAGAAAAAGAUGUCAGUGGACAGAGGAGAAGUGAUUUGGCUUUGCUGGAGCUCCAGUGUGCCGUGGCCUUUCCCCUACUCCCAUCCCAAUGCCCACAUUUUGCUCUACACUCCGUGAUCACAGGGGACUUAGACACAAACCCCUGUUCCCAGGAGAGUCAGUCAGCACUACGUGGGAGGGCGAAAGGGAAAUUUGGAAUAAAAAAUUCCAAAG